AUGAGGAGCCAGCGGCGUUCCUCCUCCGGGCCGCCGGGGGGCGCUGCUGGGACGCUUGGUAUUUACAAACUGGGCAAAAUGGCGGAUUCGGAGGAACCUAAAGCGGCUACUUGCACAUUUCUGUUUAAAAAAUCCACCAAGAAAUUCAGCGGACGGAAGAGAAAAGCAAGCGACAGCGACAAAGAUGCCAACAGCGACGAGGACCAGAGUGCUGUGGUCAGAAGGGACAAAAAAGAUGGCCGAGUCAACCCCAUGAUUCAAAAGACGAAAAAGGUGGAGAAAGAUGACGUGUCUUCCAGCGAAAGUGAAGAUGAAAAAGAGGACAAAAAAGUCACGGUCUCUUAUAAAUCUAAACGUUCAGCGAAACCAGAGGGACCAGAGGACAUGGGAGCUACUGCUACGUAUCAGCUGGACACAGAGAAAGACAACGAUGCUCAAGCCAUUUUUGAGAGGAGCCAGAAGAUCCAAGAGGAGCUGAUGGGUAAAGAAGAUGAUAAAAUUUAUCGUGGCAUCAACAACUACCAGAAGUUCAUAAAGCCUAAAGACACCACCAUGGGCAACGCCUCCUCCGGCAUGGUCAGAAAGGGGCCAAUCCGAGCCCCUGAUCACCUGAGAGCCACUGUGAGGUGGGACUACCAGCCGGAUAUCUGCAAAGACUACAAAGAGACUGGCUUCUGCGGCUUUGGAGACAGCUGCAAGUUCCUGCACGACCGAUCCGACUACAAACACGGCUGGCAGAUCGAGCGGGAGCUGGAGGAGGGCAGAUACGGAGCGAACGACGAGGAGAACUACGAGGUGAGCAGCGACGACGAGGACAUCCCCUUCAAGUGCUUCAUCUGCAGGGAAUCUUACAAGAGCCCCAUCGUCACAAAGUGCAAGCAUUACUUCUGUGAGGCCUGCGCCCUGCAGCACUACCGGAAGUCCAAGCGCUGCUACGUGUGCAACACUCAGACCAACGGCGUCUUCAACCCGGCCAAAGAGCUGAUGGCCAAGAUCGAGAAACACAACGCUGCCCUGGACCAGCCUCCGUCUGAAGAGGACGAUUAG